AUGUUUGCCGUUCCUGAAGGCGACGAUGAUAUUGACGUUUCUAGUCCGGUAGAAACUACAGAACCAAUUACGCAGCUCGAACCGAAAAGAGAAUCCCCAUCAUCGACAACAUCUCCAACAGUGUCAGCUGAAAAAGUAGAUAAAAAUACAAUUACAAUACAAAUUCCUUUAUCAACAACAGCAGCUACUAAACAACAUCGUUCACGUCGAGGUCUUUUUCAUCGAAAUACAAUUCAUAUAUGUGAUCAAAUUCUUGAUCGAAUGUAA